ACCCAAAAGCAUUAACUACCCAAUAGCCCACUCUUGAGAUUAGCCUUACAACAACCCUCCUAGCCAGCCAUGCCCAAAAUUGAGUCCAAAUCAAUCCUAUCUACUCCUUGGAUCACAAACCUAAUCCAACCAACCAAUCCUUUCAAACCCAAACCCCAAACCAACCCAAUCAGAAUCAGAAGGAACCAAUACAAGUCGGCAAAAAGGUACGAAAGCAUUUGGAAGUCAGCGUAAUCAAAGCCAUUGAACUGAACUGAGUCUGAGGAAGAAGCCGAAGCACGCGAGGCGCGAGUAGAGAAGCAAAAAUGAAAUUCACUGACUCACCGGUGAUAGAGCUGCAAGUGCGCGAUUCCCGCCUAUCUAUCCAACAGGACAACGGCUCCUUCCAUGUAGGCACUUCCGUCUGGCCUUGUUCCUUAGUCCUCGCCAAAUUCGCCGAGCGCUGGGCACCGCCUUCGCCCACCACCACCGGCAACAAUAACCGUUACUCCGAACUCCUCGAUUUCCACAGCCACCGUCGCCGCGCCAUCGAACUAGGAACCGGCUGUGGAGCUGCCGGCAUGGCCUUCCACCUGCUCGGUCUCCAAGACCUCAUUCUCACCGACAUAUCCCCAGUGAUGCCAGCGCUCAAACACAACCUCAAACGCAACAAGCCCGUUCUGGGCAAGAACCUGAAGACAUCAAUUCUCUACUGGAACAACAAGGAUCAGAUCAGGGCCGUUAAUCCACCGUUCGAUGUGGUAAUCGCGGCUGACGUGGUUUACAUCGAGGAAUCUGUGGGCCAUCUAGUGGGUGCCAUGGAGGCGUUAGUUGCAGAUGACGGGGUGGUUCUAUUAGGUUACCAGUUGAGAUCACCGGAAGCUGAUAAGCUAUUCUGGGAAAUGUGUGAAAAGGUCUUCGUGAUCGAGAAGGUUCCUCAUCAGGAUUUGCACGCUGAUUACGCUUACGAGGAGACCGAUGUUUAUGUUUUCAGAAAGAAGAAGAAUAAUUAGCAGGGAAACUAUUGUUUGAUUUGUGGGAAAUAUCGAAGAAGCCCAUUCUCUAAGAUUUUAUACUCUCACUGUGUUAGAAGUUUGAUGGAUGGAACUAGGUGAUCAACUGAUCAUGGAAAUCUCUAUUUAUGCCCCAAAAGGACCUGAUUUAACUCUUCUAUAUUAAAUCCAAUAGCAUCUUUUUUAAUAAUUAUCUUCACCGGCCUCUGGAGGAGUGAUACUACUCAACCUGUCUCUGUUCUGUUCUGCCUGCUAGUAUGAUUCGUUUUAAUUGAACUUAAUGAUCUAGCCCAUCAGCUGAUAAGCUUUAAGGCAUUGAAUCUUUUUGGUCUUUCCCUUUUCUAAUAUUCUUACCAUACUGUUAACUGUCUCCGUUUUAAAUGCGAGGUUAUGCUUUCUGUUUGAAUCUUUCUGGUUUUUGUCGUAGCUUCUAAAACUCAUUUCCUGUUGUUGGCAAACGUACAGUUUUAUGCUCUACGAGUUAGCCACCUUGAAUUGAGAACUGUUUUUUUUCAUAUGGUAUUUCCAUGAAUAUUUUCCUAGCAAAUAAAAAUUUAACUCACCAUGGCAAGACGAUUA